AUUAGGACCCCCACCCAGCCUCUGCGUCGCCGCUUUGUCUUGCGUCUCCUUCCCGAUUCUUUCCUCGUGUAAGUUAUCAAAGUUGGUAGCUUUCUGUUCCUCAUGGCCACUCGUCUUCAGUUUGAGAACAACUGUGAAGUUGGAGUAUUCUCCAAACUCACUAACGCCUAUUGCUUAGUCGCUAUUGGAGGCUCUGAGAACUUUUACAGGUUUUGCUUUGCACACCUCUCUCUCUCUCUUUGUAGCUUUACAUCAGUUUUGGUGUUUAUGUUUGAGAAUAGUGCUUUUGAGUCGGAGUUAGCUGAUGUUAUCCCUAUCGUUAAGACCUCUCUUGGUGGAACACGGAUUAUUGGCCGUCUUUGUGCUGGAAACAAGAAUGGCCUCCUUGUGCCCCACACAACUACUGACCAAGAGCUUCAGCACUUGAGGAACAGUUUACCUGAUUCAGUUGUGGUCCAGCGAAUCGAGGAACGUCUGUCUGCUCUUGGAAAUUGCAUUGCCUGCAAUGACCAUGUUGCGCUUGCUCACACCGAUCUUGACAAGGAAACUGAGGAGAUAAUAGCAGAUGUUCUUGGUGUUGAAGUUUUCCGUCAGACAAUUGCUGGCAACAUCCUUGUUGGCAGUAACUGUGCCUUGUCCAACAGAGGUGGCAUUGUCCAUCCUCACACCUCAGUGGAAGACUUGGACGAACUAUCAACACUUCUUCAAGUCCCUCUAGUUGCCGGAACCGUGAACCGUGGUAGUGAAGUCAUAGGUGCUGGUAUGACGGUUAAUGACUGGACUGCUUUCUGCGGGUCAGACACAACCGCUACAGAGCUCUCUGUUAUAGACAGCAUCUUCAAGCUAAGAGAAGCCCAACCCAGCUCCAUUGUCGAUGAGAUGAGGAAGUCUCUGAUCGAUACCUACGUUUAAAAUUUGCUUUGUUUGGAUGACAUACACAACAACAUUCCCCAAGUGUUACAAUGUCUGAAAAUUUUAAUCUUUUGUGGUAUUUCAAGGCUUUGACUGAACA